AUGCCGGCAGACCCCAGCCUCCUGCACGAGGAUGACCCGAGCGCACCCCGCUGCUCAGGACGCGGGGCGUGGCGGGAUUGCACGAUGCACGCUUUCACCGGUUCGGCCUGGUCGGACGAGUGGAGCCAGUUCGUCUGCAACAAGUGCGGGGUGCGCGGAGGGCCGGUGGAGGCAGCCCGGUAUCUGGACCGGACGGAGGUUGACGCGGAUUGGUGCCUGAGCGAGUUCACUCGCGAGGGCCGGAGUUUUUCGCAGCUGAAGCUGCAGGGUGUGGGCCCUCUACGUGCAGAGCCUUCGCGUCACUGGCUCAACCGGGAGACUUGGUCCAAGCCCGCAUUGGAAACCGAGCCUCCCGAGGGAUUCUGGGACGCGAUGGCCCUGCAGGUAGAGAUGGAGCAGGGAGUGUAUCAGAUGACGCUGGCCGAGCGGAGGGGCCUCCACAAGUUUUUGAUGUGGAUGGACCCGGACACUCGGAAGCUCUACCGACAUUAUCCCGUGGUCGAUCCGCCGAAGAAGCGGAAGCAGCCCGGCGACGAUGCGGUAGAGCUUCCGAGCAGUUCCACGAGCAGGCGGGCGGGGUGA